AUGACCAUCUCUAAGUACUGGGGCGACGAAAAGAAGCCCGACGCCGUCUACUCGGUCUACCUCAAGAAGGUGCGGUAUGUCCCGCCGCCUGGCUACGACAAUGUCGCCCAUUAUCGACCGAUCGAUCCGGACAGUCAUUUCCUCACCGACUCGGGGAACGAUCUUCUACAAUGGGAAACCAUCAGGGAGAGGGUUAUCAAGGCUGGUACAUUGGAGCGGCUAGUGGUAUGUUGAGGAUUUUUGAUGAUUUGAAAAACGUGUUUCUUGACAAAAAUUUGAGUUUUUAUUUUAACUUUAGACAUAUUAUGAAAUUUUCAUAUCAUAAUUUUAUUUUUUGACUAAAAGUUUUUGGAUAUUUUUACACUUUUCAACGUAUAAAAUGGUAAAAAUAAAAAAUUUCAGGACAGUCUAAUAGGAUCUGAUGACAAACUAGAUUCUCGACAUUUUAAUGUCUUCUUCGCUACUUACCGUGCCUAUGCCAAGCCUUCAGAUGUCGCAAAUGUUUUGUUCAAUAAGUGUCAGGAGAUUCGAGAUUGUGAUGGUCAUGGUGCGUUAAGGUCGAUAUUCAUAUGUUGGAUGGACAUGUAUGCCGAGGAUUUCUACGAAAAUGAGAAGAAAUUUAAUUUACUUAACAAAGUUAUCGACUUUUCCAAGUUACACAAAUGGGCUGAUCUCAAAGUAAAGGCCAGGAAGUUGAGGGAACGGUUUCGGAGGGUCGCUGACGAAGGAGGACUGGCUUGUAAGUUAUUUUAAGUUAACUUUUUGUAGUUUAGGUUGAAUUUCAUUAUUGAAAAAAUUUUAAAAAACGUCUAUGCUAUUUAAAACAACAAAAAUGAUAUUUUUAACUUUUACUACUCUUUACACAAACUGUUUUAGCUCAAAUCAUGGGAAUUGCGCAGUAUACCUACAGUCUCGACUACGACCCGAAUGAUCCUAAUUUUGCUCAGGAACAUGCUCAAAGGUUUGAUAUUAGCAAAGACAAUUGUGUACAAAUAGCUGAACAAUUGACAUUUUGGGAUGCGAUCUUGUUCAGAGAAGUUAGACCAUUCCAAUGUCAAGGUGCGAUCUGGGGGAAAAGGAACAAGGAGCACGCUGAAAACGUUUACAGUGUAAAAGCUACUAUAGAUCAGGUAAUUUUUACUUCUGAUUAUUAGAGUUAUACUUUUAUCGAUUUUAAUACGUCAAUAACUAUAUAAUGCUGUAUAUUGAUGAAAAUUGUUCAUAAAAGGCGCAAAAACAUAUUUUACACUUAUUCCUUUCAGUUUAACUCAGUAUCCAAGCGAGUAAUGACAAGUGUUGUCCUACCAGAAUGUCGACCUGAAUUCCGAGCAAAAAUUAUCGAAAAAUGGAUCGAAAUCGCUAAAGAAUUGAAAUCAUUCAAAAACUACUCAUCGCUCAAAGCAAUAUUAUCAAGUCUACAGUCAGAACCGGUGUACAGAAUCAAAUCCGCGUGGUCGUGUGUCUCAAAGUCGUCAAACUUAACCUUCAGGGAUCUUACCUCAACUUUCGAACGUGAAACUCAGGAUGAUACAAAUGAUUCGGGAUUGGAAAGCGUAGGUUUUUAUUUAUUUUUGCUUUUUUAGGUUGUUUGUUAAUUAGUAUGAUCUAUAAGUAUUGAAAUUAUUUUGCAGCAAGGAAGUGGUCGUCGUGAAAAGAAGAUUCAGCAAUGUAGGAGGAGUAAAAGUGAUGUAAAUUUAACGGAUUCACAAGGUUUGGUACCAUAUUUGGGAAAUUUCUUGACUGACUUGACUAUGAUCGAUCAAGCUUAUCCUGAUACAGUCGAGGGUAAGAUUUGGUUUUUUAUUUGCAUUUUUAGGCUGAACUGUAGCAUUUGCUGACAUCUUAUUUUUUAGACAAUUUGAUAAACUUUGAAAAGAGACGCAGAGAAUUUGAAGUUAUGGCCAAGAUCCGUCUGUUUCAAUCAGCAGCCCGAGGCUACACCGUUCCCAUGGAUGCAGCUUUCUGCGCCUGGUUUUACUAUCUACCAAGUCUGAACGAAAACGAUUGCUUCUACAGAAGUUUGGAAGUAGAACCUGGCUCCAAUAAUGGCUCAGGAACUCCAGAUUUCAGACGAAAGAACCAGCCAUUGAGGAACUCUGGAGGAUCUAAACCAUCUUCAUUCACAAAGAUAUUUGGCCAAAUAACAGAUGAGUUUGUGGGACGAUCAUCUUUCCAACAGACUUCAAAUGAUUCUGGCAUUGUCAGUGAAGAGGGAUGGAUUACGAGAGAAGCGGAUUCAACUAGAUUGUCAUCAGAAUUCAGCCCUUUCAUGCAUUCUACACCUAAAAGGGAUGACAACAUGACAUUGGAGGACUCUGCCUUUUCUUGUUGUUCUACUCCACAGCCUCAGACAUCUGGAGGUCUGAACAGGAAAAUGGUCGGACAUAAUUCUAGCUCUAGUCAUGUAAGUUGGUGUUUUAUUAUUUUAGGUACAUUUUAAAAGUUUUUUAGGUUAAACUUUAUGAAAUACGUAUAUUUUUUAGAUCUUUUUUAAAUUUAGGAUACGUUUUUUAUUACAAAUGACAUUUUCUAAACACAAUUCAUUUCCAGGCCUCAUCCGCCUCGUCCGGAUCAAUGUUUUCGUCUUCGGUGAAUCAAACCCUACCUCCAAAACCUCAACAAAGAAAUGGCCACGGUACGAACCUGAACUUUUACCUGGCCAGAGUCGGUUUGGAUGAAUCGAUUCGCGGCGAAUCAUCAGAAGGCGCCAACUACAAAUGCAUAAAGGUCGAGAAUGGCGACAGAAUCAGCACGCUGGUCGAGAGGGCGUUGGAGAAGCAUAUAAUGGAAGAGGAGAACAAAGACGACUAUUGUUUGGUACAGUUGCUGCCUGAUGGAAGUAAGUGGUCUUGUUUAUUGUAAAAAGUUAUUAUUUUUGAGUUUUUUUGAAUUUUUUUAACACAAGCAGAUGUUAUUGUUGUUUAACUGAUAUUGUAAAUUUUUUAGUAAAAUUCCUUUCAAUAUUACUAUUGUUUUAGGUGAAUUCCGACUCCCCGACCACUGUAACCCCUUCUACGCCGUAGCACCCGACCCGACCUCCCCGAUGCUCAACUUUCUACUUAAAAAACGCGAAUCCGAUGAUCAGAAGACGAUUGCACCGUCGGCCAAGAAGCUGAAUCGCCAGAAGCGGAGCAAUCUCCUGCGAUGGAGCAGUGGCUACUUAUAG